UGGUGCGUAGAACGCCUUAGAGCCGGUGAUGAAGGAGCAUGGCCUGGUCCUUCCUGAUGACCUGGUCUUCAUCAAGGAGCAGAUUGCUGGACCACAGAACACUGUCCUUCUCAGCCAGGGAGUAAAUCAGCCAGCCAGUGAGCCGUGGCCAUAUAAGGGCCGAAGCCAGAGGAAGUCCUUCCUCUAUGAGAUUGUGGCCAACAAAAGGAAUGGCAUCGAUGUGGACAAGUGGGACUACUUAGCCAGGGACUGCUUCCACCUGGGUAUCCAAAAUAACUUUGACUACCGUCGCUUUCUCAAGUUUGCCCGUGUGUGUGAGGUGGACGGGAAGAAGCAGAUCUGCACCCGAGACAAGGAAGUGGGUAAUCUGUAUGACAUGUUCCACACACGCAACUGCCUGCAUAGAAGAGCCUACCAGCACAAGGUGGGCAACAUCAUAGAGACAAUGAUCACAGAGGCCUUUAUCAAGGCGAACCCCCACAUCCAGAUUCAAGGUUCAGGGGGAAAGAUGUUCACCAUCUCCGCAGCAAUAGACGACAUGGAGGCCUACACUAAACUCACUGACAAUAUGUUUGAGCAGAUUCUGUACUCGUCGUCCUCUAAGCUGGCUGAGGCCAGAGAGAUCCUUCAAAACAUCACCUGCAGACGCCUCUACAAGUGUGUGGGACAGACCCAGACUGAGGUGCGCGUGGAGGUUUCACAGAAAAAGCUCCUGGAGUGGGCAGGCUGUGUGGCGAGGUCCAGGCCUCGGAAUGACCUUAAACAUGUUACUCUGCAGCCAGAGGACUUUGUUGUCCAUAUCAUCAACAUGGACUGGGGUAUGAAGGAGAAGAACCCCAUCAACAACAUGCGUUUCUACUGUAAGAACGACCCAACCAAAGCUUACCAGAUCAGCAAGGACCAGGUGUCCAAGCUGCUGCCAGAAAGGUUUGCUGAGCAGCUUAUCAGGGUCUACUGUAAGAAGACUGAUGAGAGGACCAUGGAGGCAGCUAAGAAGAACUUUGCCCAGUGGUGUAUGGAUAUGAACUUCUCCAAACCUCAGGAUGGAGAUGUGAUUACACCAGAGGUCACCUAGGACCAGGGGUUGGUGACCACCACCUCAAGAAAAUGAGUCAGGCUUUCAGAAGAAGUCUCUUUACUCAGGGUUCUGUUCACUCUGAUUCAGUUUUCCAGGGAUUAGAUCAUGUAGUCUUUCUUUUAUUUACUUUUGAUGUUUUAUUUCAAGCGUACAUUUUAGGUUUGGUUAUCUUAACGUUAUGCUAUUUCAUGGUAAGAGAAGUGUAGGAGUAUGUGAGUAUACAUACCUGUUCUCCCAGGCUAUGCAUGUUGACGUGCCACUAUCACACAUGGCUCUUUCAGAUAGCCAAGCAACGACUUUUACAUAUUUAUCCAUCCUGGUGGAAGUUACUCUUUGGACAAUCAUGCUUUACCUUGUAAUACUCCCAAAGCUGAAUGGGAACUUAUCCUUGGUGUUAUAUUGAUCAACAUGCAAACAAACAGGUAACCGUUGUUUGUGUUUCAGGGCAUUGUCUUUCUUUUAUGCAUGGUUUCUACGCUGUUUUAGUUGUUAUAUACCCAGCUACCAUAGUUAGCCUGGUCAUGCAUAUCUACAGUAUCUAGACUAAAGUAGGAGUUGGCUAAGCACAUACAGAUCAAAGAUCAGGGUACAAUGUAGCUUAAUUAUCUUCCGAAAAGACACCACUUUAACUGACAAACAAUGUUAAGUUAUCAUAUUAUCUUUGUUUUCAUCCAUGUACCCUACUGAGGCAAGCAGCUAUCUGUCUAGUGUUUGGUAUCAUUUGGGAGUCUCGUUAUCUUCAUUUAAACAACAUGAACACAAUGUUUACCCUAAAGUCUGCCUCGAUGAGCCCACAGCUGUUGAUCAGACAGACAUGUUUGUUGAUUUAAGUUAUGCACUUUGUUUUAAAUAAAUAAUAUAAUUUUGAAUGAAAGACUAA